AUUUUUGGCGGGCGGGCUUUUGGAUUACGACCUGUAGAUUGAUGCCGUGUCCUUCGAAACCUUUCUUAAUACGGCAUGCGAACGUACAGUUCGUUGUAUGGCCUCGUGUAAUACAAAUGGACUUCUGAAGUAUUAUGCAGAUGUCAUUCUAAAUGGGGAUAACCUUCUUUCACUUACCCAACCCCACAAUAGUUUUGAUAACAACGAUUCUACUGAAAUAAAAAAUACUAAUAUAAUGGCUCCUCGGACGGAACCUUCCUUUGUUUCAAUGCCCGUGCAAGUAAACGGUACUUCCAAUGCUAUUAAAAACAACAGCACAAUGGGAAAUGAGGCUGAACAGUCUGUUACUUCUGAACAGGUUUCAUCUGAUAAAUCAGAGAGUUGUCUUGUUACUGACAAUGAGACAUUAAUUCAAAGCUCACAAUUUGAUCAUAUUUCAACAAAGUUUCAAAAUCAAACUGUCUGCGACAAAUUAAUUGAUUAUGAGAGAACUCUUCAAAAUCAUUCUUUGCUCGAGCAACGUUUGUCUGCCUGUUCUCAGCGUUUAUUUCAUAAUCGCACUAGAGCUCUCAGUUUAUUAACACGGUUGCUCGCCUGCAACUCUUCUGUAUCACAAGAUGAAUCACUUUCCAGUGAUUCUCUGCCUAGCAUUAUAUCACCAAACUUGACGUAUGAAGAUACAGAAAGUAGUACCGACGACGAAGCUGAAAUGAAGAAGGCUUUGUCCAGCUCUAAACAGUCUUGGUUAUACACUCGUUCUGUAACGCAUUCAAACUGGCAUUGGUUAUGUACAGAAAUAAAACAUGCUGAAAAAUGUUUACAAAAUCUUUAUAUGUUAAAAAAUAACUCCUAUCCUGAAAAGUUGUCUCAGUAUCAAUGUAAUACUAAUAACACCGAAAAUGAUGCAGAAGUUAGCUGUUCUCGUACAUCUCCAUACAUAAACACCAAACGGAAACGACAUACUUAUCACAAUCUCUCAUCACCUAAAUGCGCUAGUAUAAUACAGGAACUACACAAACAUUCUCGUGGUGAUCCUCACAUUAAAUGCUCUUGCAUUCCCCCAUUUAUUGGACCAUGCAUCUUAUGCUGUGGUGGUUCUGAACCAAGUACCAGUCACAUGGAGUCGGCAAAUAAAUCAGAUGAACGUGAUUUACUUAUGUCAGCCCACUCGUUAAGUAGUCAUAUUCAUCCUAAAUUGUCAAUUCCAGGAGAUGUCCAAUUAGGUCUUCGUUUAGAAUCCCGUCUCGCUGCACAUUCAUCAGUUCAUUUCCGACCCCAUAAAUCCACAGUGCAUUGUGUACAACCGCGGGACAAACCAACUUGCCUUCAGCCAUUGAAGCCUAUAAAUCGCCCUACACCUAACACAUCUAAGCUUAGCACUCAAUCCAAUCAACCAACCGUAAAACCACCCAAGUGUCCGCCAUCACAAACAAGAAAUUCCCAUUUAUGCAAGCGCAAAUUAUUAUCGUCCAAAAACUCACGUAUUUGUCCUUUAUCAUCAGCACAUUCAGUGACGUUACCUCUUAAAACUCCAAAAUCUGUACAGAACUGCAAUAAUAAUAAUAAUAAUAAUAAUAAUAAUAAUAAAACUGAAAAGCAAUAAAUCAUGAUAAAUCUCAAUUACAUUAUCUAAUCUUCGAACGUAUUUGUGCUUUUUCUGUUCAUUGUGUGUAUUGUAUAUGCUUGUGACAUAGAUUAUUAGAUUUCCUUUAUAUAUAUAUACAUCUAUCUAUUCUCAUACCUGUGUAACCUUUCUUUUUUAUUAUUACUAUUAAUCCGGUAAACAAUUAUUUAUUAUCUGUUUACGCCUGCAUAUAUGCAUGCAUUAUUAUUACUAUUGCAUAUAUAUUAUGGUGAACUUGUAUUAAUAAACGCAUUUAUUAUAUCUAGUCCUUCAGUGUAAUUUUCAACAGUCUUUUAUCUUCAUAAAAGAAGAAGGGUUUGGUACACUUUUCAUUCCUUAAUCUAGAAGGAGAAGAAGAAGCCAAUUGAAAUUCACUGUCGUAUUUGUUUACUUUACAAAUCAGAUAAAAAAAAUUUAAUAACAAAUCUUUCAUUUUUCUUACUAAUCAUUAUUACUAUUAUUAUUGGUAUUAGUAGUAGUUAUAGUAUCCCUCUGUCACAACUAUAUAACACCACCACCACUUUUAUCUUAUUUCUGUUUACCGACUAAUGUAUUUUUGUAUCAUGUUCUCCUUUUGAAAUCCGAAAAUUGUAUGAAUCUGAACUGUUUGUUUUGCAAUAAUGUAAGGAUAACACACAUACGUAUUUCUGUUUGUGAAGAAUGUGUGUUAAUCGCUUCCUGGUGUUGUUGCUGUUGCUGUUGUUGUUAUUCUUCAGAAAGAAAAAAAUUCUAUUGUUCAUUUGCUUUUCCUCUUCCUUCGACCAUUUCUCAUCGUUGUAUUAUUAUUGUAUAACAACAGAGAUUUGUAUAUUUUUCUCUUUUUUUCUUUUUUUUUAGAAGUUGUAUAUUCUUACUCAAUAAUCAAAAUUAGUGCAAUUU